AUGUGGCGCCAUAUUGAAAGUGGCAUCUCGAAUGUUGUUCAGAUAUCUUUUCAGGCGCAGCUACUGAGGCAGGAUCGUACUUGUCGUACUUGUAUGCAUCAACUAAUGUCAAACCGUAUUGUGAUGCGCUGUUUGCCAAAUAGCGUUGGGCGCCUGAAAACGGGCUCUUAUUGGCGCUGCGAGCUCAAGUGGAGUUCUAAAGAUUUCUCCACCCUACGUUCCAACGAGCACAACUACACACGCCUGUUCACCACGUCCAUACUACCAUGA